CUCCGAAUCUUUCACCACAUCACAACCAGCUGCUUAGUGUUUAAUCUGUUGGGAUUCAUCAUUAAAUCGUGUUUAGUCGAGCAUCUGCGUUAUCGCGUGAUUGCAAAGAACACCAACCCAGUAACAAAAUGGGUUCAUUCAAAAUUGUGUUGAUCCUUGCGGUCCUAAUGGCAGUGGCUUACGCCAUGGAGAUUAGUGCCGAUGCUCACGAAUUAGCCGUCGCUGAAGAGACCAGCGAUUUGGAGCCGAUCCUUUCGCCGGAUUUGGCGAUGGAUGAGAAGAAAUACAAAGUUUAUUACAAGCGAAAGUACAAAUACAAAAAGAAGGGUGGACAUCGAAGCUACGGAGGAGGAUACGGAAGAGGAGGUGGAUAUGGGGGGCGAGGAGGUGGAGGAGGAGGCUACGGAGGGAGCGGGAGUUACGGUUAUGGUAGUAGCGGUGGCAGUUACAGCAGCGGAGGCAGUGGUUACAGUGGUAGCAGCGGAGGCAGUGGUAGCAGUGGCCACAGCGGUAGCAGCGGAGGAAGUGGUAGCAGCGGAGGCAGCGGUAGCAGUAGCCACAGUAGCAGUGGCGGUAGCAGCGGAGGAAGUGGUUACGGUGGCGGAAGUGGAAAAGGUGGAGGAGGAGGUGGAGGAGGAGGAGGAGGGGGAAAAGGAGAUCGAGGAGACGGAGGUGGAAGCGACAGCAGCGAGUGCGGAUGUUAAUCUUUUCAGAUGACAUAAAAAGAUAUUUAAAAAAAAUUAUUCAAAAUCUGUAAAUCAAACUAUAUGUUUUAGUGUUUAUUCGACAUUAACAUGAAUUCGGAAUGGAGUAAAAAAAUAUAUAAGAGUUCACUGAUUCUUGAUAAAAUCAAAUCAACACAUGUAAAAACACAGUAAUAAUGAAAU